AUGACCUCGGAGAAGCUCGUUCCGGUGGCACCGACCAUCCAGAGCCUCACCGAGUCCAGAGUGUCAUUCCGCUCGCUCGUGCGCCAGUCGACGAAAGACAAGCUGGCCUUGACACCGGUGCACUUUCUCGACAAGUCGAUCAGCUCGAUGAAGCAAUUGUCGGGGCGCUUCUCGCAGUUAGAUAUCCUCAAGGCGCCCAACCUCAAGGGGUCGCAAGUCAGGGAGCUCCUUCGAUCGAUGCAGUCAAAAGGCGCGGUCCAUAGCUCGUCCAGCUCGAUCCGAGGCCCAAAGCAGUCACCACCACCGAGUGGCGAACACCCCAGGCCCCAUCGCAUCCAGCCUGUGCCGGACGCACCCGACCGCGUCCUAACGACUCGUCGCGAGAGCGGGUCGAUCCAACACCGGCGGUACUCGAACUUGCCACGGGGCUCCACCACCGGCUCCAUUCGGAACGGCAAAGUCGCGCCGCAUGAGAUGGCACACGAGUCCCGCGGCAGCAAGCCUGCCAGUAUCAUCCAGACAGCGUUGAUUGCCGGGCGGCUCAAGAAGAAAGCGCAGGUCAUUACAAGGCGACGGCGACAGACCAAGCACAUGCAGCAGCUCGAGCUCGCGGGCAUGGUUUCCCGGCACCGAAAAGUGCUGCUUCAAUACAACAUUCGUGUCGUUCGACCCGAAGAAAAGCCAACAGAGGACAUUGUCCUGCUCGAUCAGCCCAAAUACUUGAUUCUGCCGACGCACCAGUGGUACAAGGCGUGGCAACUCUCGACGCUCGUCAUCAUUUUAUACCAAAGCGUCAUGAUCCCAUACCAACUCGCGUUUGAUACGAGUGACACGCCGCCGACGCAGGACUAUGCCAACAUCGCCUUCAACCUCAUUUUUGGCGUCGAUCUGCUCUUGACCUGCAACUGCGCCGUCGCGCACCCGCGGCGUCCGGACACGUACAUCACCCAUCGUCUCGGCAUCUUCAAGCACUACCUUCGGGGCUGGUUUAUCCUGGAUUUACUGGCCUGUUUUCCCAUCGAUAUGAUUGUCUACUCGACGAUCUCGGGCGCCACCAACACGAAAUUGCACCUUCUCGGGCUCCUCAAGGUCCUCCGGCUGCCGCGGCUUCUCCGCCUCGCACGGUUUGUGCGAAUUUUGAGGAUUUUGCGAAUUCCGACCGAGUGGAAGCGCUGGCUCCUCUACUCCCGGUACGCGCACUUGAUUCGGCUCGGGUCGCUCCUCGUCACGUUCGUGUACUUGAUUCACAUCUUCAACUGCAUCUGGGGCGGCUACGUGACAAGCCCCGACUGGCCGGGCUACAUGUUUGGCGAGAGCAGUCAGAACGCGACGGCGUACGUGCUUGGUUUUUACUUUGUGCUCACGACGGUCAUGGGCCAAAAUUCGCUGCUCCAGACGCAGACCGAGUACGUCUACGCGUGCGUCCUCAUCGUGAUUGGGUCCGUCCUCAUGGCCACGGUCUUUGGCAACGUGGCGAAUUUGAUUUCGAAUUUUUACGAAAAUCAAAACAAUUACAAGAAAAAGAUGGAGCAGCUGCUCAGCAGCAUGAACUUGAUGAAGCUGCCGCUCGACCUCCAAAACCGCAUCAACGAGUACUACCAAGUCAUGUGGGAACGCCACGGCACGCUCGACGGCCAGCCGCUCAUGUUUACAAAGGAGCUCUCGCGCAACUUGUCGGUCGAAGUCGAGCUCUAUCUCCGCAUGGACAUGAUCAACCGCGUGCCCGUGUUUCAAAAAUGCAGCAAAAAGGUCGUCCAAGAGAUCGUCAUGCGCCUUCAGCUGCAAGUGUACCUUCCGGGGGACUACAUUGUGGUCAAGGGCGAGAUCGGCUUUGAUAUGUUUUUCGUCCAAAGCGGCAGUUGCGAAGUGACCAAGCCGCUCUCGUCCGACCCGCGCCCGUACGACAACGAAGAAGUGCUGAAAGUGCUCGUGCAAGGCGACUAUUUUGGAGAAAUCUCGCUCCUCAUGAACUGCAAGCGCACGGCCAACGUCCGCGCGUGCACGUUCGCCGAGCUCUGCGUUCUGACGCGGUCGGUCUUUGAGGACAUUACAGCCCAAUACAUUGAAGACCGACAGACGAUCGAGAAAUUCAUCAAGGAAAUGUACGACCCGAAAGCGCUGGAAGCGAUUCUCAAGGCGCAAAACGAGGACGAACCGACGCCGCACGAAGUACGCGCCGAAGAGAAACUCAAUGCAAUUCUCGACACGAUGGCUACCACCAACGCCAAAAUCGAGCGGUUGGAGUUGCUCGUGACGCUGCUCUUGCCACACGCACCGUCGUCCGUGCUCAAGUCGGUCCACCGCGCGACGGACGCUCUUGGUGGUGGUGCUGCAAGUCUCCCGCCGCUCGACAGCUGGACCGAGACGAGACAAUCUAAAAUUUACGAGUAG